AUGGACGCCGUUGCUACUACACAGCCAAUUGCCAACGCUCUGCCCAAGAAGCUGGCACCCCAGGCCACACCAGCCCAAAAGAAGAAACUUACCCCUGGCAUCUCCCUGGCUGCAGGCGCUGUCGCCGGUGGUAUUGAAGCCACCAUCACAUAUCCCUUUGAAUUCGCCAAAACAGUAGCACAGCUGAGUGCGAGGCAACAAACUCCUGGCGUAAAGGUCUCACGAUCUCCUUUUUCCGUUCUUGCCCAGACCGCUCGCACUGAUGGUGUGCGAGCUAUCUACACUGGCUGCUCAUCAUUGAUCGCCGGUACUGCAGCCAAAGCCGGUGUUCGUUUCUUGACUUUUGAUGCGGUCAAGGCGCAACUGGCAGACUCUAAUGGAAAACUGACAGCGGGAUCUAACAUCCUCGCUGGUAUGAUCGCUGGUGCUGUCGAGAGUGUGACAGUUGUUACACCUACAGAACGAAUCAAGACUGCUUUAAUUGAUGACUCAAGAUCAGGAAACAAACGCCUCAACGGUGGUUUCCACGCCCUCCGAACCAUCGCAGCAGAGCGUGGCAUCCGUGAAGUCUACCGUGGUCUAACAUCAACAACAAUCAAGCAAUCAGCCACUUCCGGAGUGCGAAUGGGGUCUUACAACAUCCUCAAAGAGCUUGUCUCCUCGGACGGAAAGAACCCAUUUGUAACUUUCGGAAUCGGCGCCGUGGCUGGUGUCAUCACCGUCUAUGCCACUCAGCCUUUUGAUACUAUCAAGACGAGAUCGCAGUCUGCCAAGGGCGUGUCGAUUGGGGAAGCGGUGCGGGGAGUUAUGCGCGAUGGAGGUGUGAGGGCUUUCUGGAGUGGAAGCACAAUGAGAUUGGGAAGAUUGAUUCUCAGCGGUGGAAUUGUUUUCACGGCUUAUGAGAAUAUUGCUGCGCUACUCAUGGGGUCAAAGUAG